AUGUUAAAAAAUUUAAGGAAAGCAACGGUGCAAGAAGCUUCUUGCAGCCUAGGAGUCUUGUCAGCUACAAGGAUUGCCUCGUGGGAGACAUCCCUUGAUGGAACUUUUGAGAAAGCAUUCAAGUUUGACAGAGCAUGGGAGGAAGAAUAUGUGUCUGAUGCUGAUAUGGAGCCUUUGAUAGAAGGUAUGGCUAAGAUGGAUUGUGUAAACUUAGGUAGAGGUUUUUUCUUGAGCAGAUUUAGUAGUUUUAAUGAUUAUGACAAAGUGCUCCGUGGGGGACCAUGGUUCAUUGAGGGGCAUUUUCUUGCAAUCAAACCAUGGGAACCAUAUUUUAAAGCUUCCGAGGCCAAACUAACUUCAAUUACGGUAUGGGUGAGGCUUCUUGAGUUGCCAAUUGAAUUUUUUAAUACAUCCGUGCUUAAGGAGAUUGGGAGUGUCAUUGGGCCGGUACUUAGGAUAGAUUCUUACAUAGCUUCUGAAACUAGAGGUGGUUAUGUGAGGCUGUUUGUUCAGAUAGACUUGGAGAAGCCACUCAUAAAUUCAAUCCGGGUGGGGAGACUGGUGCAAAGAGUUUUGUACGAAGACAUUUCCUCCUUAUGCUUUUGCUAUGGAAGAAUUAGGCAUAAACAGGAAAACUGUAGCUAUUAUGUGAAGCAGCUUGUUAAGGAGGGCGAUGGACAAGUUACUCCAAAAGCUAAUGAAACUAGGGAGGGGAGGCUCAAUCCGAUCCCAAGUAUGGGCCAUGGAUGGUAG